GAGGGUGAGACAGAGAGUAGCGCGGCGGCCGACGAAGCGAAGGCGGCGGAGGAAGCGGCCGCCGAGGCCGCCGAGGCGGCGGCGGAGGCCCAGGCGGCGGCGGAGGCGGAGGAGGCGGCGGCCGCAGAGGAGGCCGAUCGGAUCCUCGCCGAGAAAGUCGCAGCGGAGCGGGCAAAGGCCAAGGCCGCGGAGAAGGGGAAGAUCGAGGAGCGGGCGUCGGAGUCGGAUCUGCGGAUGGAGGCGGCUAUCGCCCAUGCUAACGCCAUGGCGGAGCGGCGCUCUCAUAAAUCAUCAGAGGAGUCGGCCGGGAACGGCGCCCCCCCGGCGGCUGCGCCGUCCGAGGCUCCUGCUGCGGCGCCGACGCCGCCAGAGUCGUCGGAUGUGAUCGUGGACGUGGACCUGGCGACGCCGGGCGCGGCCAAGUUCAUGGACACGCUGAGCGACGUCGGGAGCAGGGUCGGAGGCCUCGGCUCUGACGACGUGAGCGACGGGAUGUACGAGCUGUCUCGGCGGUGCGGCUCGACGAUGAAGUCGAGCCUGAUUGCCUUCAAGGAGCACGCGCUCGACAUUGCUAUCGCAGCGACCAGCGACCCGCCGCCAGAUCAGCAGCAGUUGGGCCAGCUGCCGAUGGCGCUCCUCUUCGCCAUCUUCACGCUCUUCUGCACCGUCGCCUUCGCCGUCAUCCACUUCCCGAAAAAGUAUGCGCCCGCGCUGCUCCACAAGGCAAAGGCCAAGGCGAUCGAGUACAAGGUGUACGACGGCGCUAAGGCAGCCGCCAGCAGACUCAAGCUGGCGUCCACGUCGGCCUACCACAGCGCGUCGGAGGCCGCGGCGCCGCACCUCGCAAAGGGCAUGGAGAAGGCGGCGGAGCUGUACGAGAAGACCUCCUCUACCAUCGCGAGCUCGCCCGUCGCCAGCGCCGCCCUCGAGAAGGGCCUCGUCGCCACGUCACAGGACGCGCAAGCCGCGCCCCUCGUGACGAAACACGACGAGGAGCGGGACUCGGAGGUGUGA